AUGGAUUUCGACAGGAAGUGGUUUAUUAUUUUGUUAGCAUUGUUAAUUCAAGUAAACUGUAGGCCUCAAAGGGCUGACAACAUUGGACCUCCUUCAUUAGCAUCAGGAGACAAAAUUACAUUACUUCCGUUUUACGGCGGGGCAAAAGGCCAAUCUUUGCAGAUUAUCGAAAAACCAGACGGGUCCGUCAUCACAACCAUUAUAAACACCCCCCACCAAAUAGAAGAUACCAACUUCGAAAACAACAUCAAUCCUACGGAAUUAGAAAACCCCCCACUGCCCACCAAAUUCGACACCGAAGAUUUUUCAGACAAUUUGAGAAGGAUCCAAGGGCUGGCCGUUAGGAUUAUUAAAUUACAAGAAGUACUAAAAGAAACUGGAAAAUUAACUUCUUCCGAGGAAGUAGCUUAUAAAGAAAAUCUAGAAACUUUAAGCCAAUCGGCUCAAAAAUUGGCAAACAUUCAAGAAGGUAGUAACCCGAUUUCCAUCGAAAAUAGAGAAGGACUCAGCGCCUGGAUAGAAAACAGAAAAUCGUCACCAGGCAAAACGAAAACCAAAAAGAAAGAAGGAGAAGACCAAAAGAAAAAAGAAGACGAUAAAAAACGUAAGGCGGAAGAACAAAAGAAAAAAGAUGAGGAAAAACGAAAGGAAGAAAAUAGAAAGCAGGAAGAGUUAGAAGAACAGAAGAAAAAAGUGGAAAAGCAAACAGAAAAUGAAGAAAAAGAGGAAAACAAUCAAGGAGAAAAAGAAGAACAGGAGGGUGAUAGCGAAACUAUUGAUUUGCCUCCAGAAGAUGCCUCAGUAGCUGAAGCUAAACCUAUAGGACUCGCCGUUGCAGGUGUGGGUGGUGUAGCAUCAAGUAAACCCAUAGCAACAGCUGUGGUAGGUCCGGGAGGUCUAGCAAUAGCUCGACCGGUUGGGACAGCCAUAGCUGGAGUGGAUCCAGAACAAGCAUUAGUGCCAAUUCAUGCGGGAGAGUUUGUUAUGGGAUCAAAACCGCACAAAUCGGGAAGUAGCGAGAAAGCAAACGAAUAUUUGAGUAGGAUUAUCAGCAAAUUUCAUCAAAAAUAA